UAGUGGUGGUCAAUCUCUAUAGGGUAAACUGUAGCGUUCUUUGGGCUUCGUUCUUCAAACCCUUCCCUUCUGACUCUCUCCGGAUUCUCUCUCUCGCGCCGGCGAACGAUUCAGCUUAGAGCAAAGAAGAGCUCUCUGAAAUGGCAAUGGCAGGACGUGCUAGAUCGAUGGGCUUCCCUCUUCUCCAGAAGGCCCUCUCUUCAGCCGAGAGAUCUAGCGCUCAUCGAUCAUUUCUCUGCCCUACCCUCUCCAACCCUGAGCUGCUGAGGAACUAUGCAACUGCCUCUGCUUCAAAAGAACAAAAAAUUAAGGUGCCUGUGACAAUGUAUGGGGUUUCUGGAAACUAUGCAUCUGCUUUGUACCUUGCAGCAGUAAAGUCUAACACAUUAGAGAAGGUUGAGUCAGAGCUCUAUGACCUUGUUGAGGCUUCAAAGAAGAGUCCUACAUUUUCUCAGUUCAUGAAGGAUCCAUCUGUACCUGUUGAUACUAGAGUGAAUGCCAUAAAGGAAAUUUCUGCUCAAGCUAAAUUUGGGGAUACCACCCAGAACUUCUUGCUUGUUUUGGCUGAAAAUGGGAGGCUGAAACACAUAGAUCGCAUUGUGAAGCGAUUCAAAGAGCUGACCAUGGCACACAGGGGAGAAGUCAAAGCCAUUGUGACAACAGUAAUUCCCCUUCCUGCUGAUGAGGAGAAAGAAUUGAAAGCCACAUUGCAGGAAAUGGUUGGACAGGGAAAGAGUGUUCAAAUUGAACAGAAGAUUGAUCCAUCCAUUCUUGGUGGCCUUGUUGUGGAAUUCAGUCAGAAAGUCUUUGACAUGUCUAUAAAGACUCGGGCACGCCAGAUGGAGAGAUUCUUGCGUGAACCACUCAACUUUUGAGAGCCUCCAAUCCCGUUAGAAGGUGUUUGUUUUGUUUCCAUCUUGAGGAAAACACGAAUUCGGUCUGGGCUCCUUGAGCUGCCUGUUUUCCGAUAAAACAUUAUUAUGGUCUUUUUUUGCAAAUAAAGAAAACUUGCUUUUUGUAAGAAUUUGAUGGGAAAAAAAAAGAAAACCUAAUGUUGUUUUUACUUUGCUGACAUCUUUGAUCCAUAACUUUUCAAGAUACAGCAAAGCAUUAUUUAUCCCUACAAAACAUAUUCUACAGAAUAAAACUUCUGACCCUGCAGUGACCAACCAAGUAUUUUCUGAGUUUCAA